UCUCCAUCUAACUGUAAUAAAGCAUGGGUGUAGUAUUGUUAUUGAUGGCAGUGGGGGUGCUGGUGAUGAGCGUGGGUGCCAGUAAAUGCAUUGACGGGGAAAGGGAAGUGCUGCUGGAGUUUAAGCGCAGCAUUGUUGACGAGGAAGAUAAUCUGGGCUCUUGGGGCAACCACAGAGAAGAUUGCUGCAGCGGUUGGGCUGGAGUUGGGUGUGAUAAUCUCACGGGUCAUGUCAUCGAGAUUGAUCUUUUUGGCAUGGAUCUGUUGGCGAAAGGUGGUAGGUUUACCAGCAGCCUUCCAUUCGUUGAGCUGCGCUAUUUGAAGUAUUUGAAUCUUAAUGGUAACGUCAACUUGCUGGCGAACCAGAGCAUCUCAUCUUUGUUUGGGAACAACGGUAGUAUGGUUUCCCUUCAAUAUCUCGGACUCUUUCGAACUGGAAUUGGUGGCACCAUUCCUGAAAAUAUUGGAAACAUCAUGCCUUCCCUUACAGACCUUUUUAUUGUAGACAAUAGGUUAGAAGGCACCAUUCCUGAAGGUCUAGGGAAUAUGGCUUUCCUUGCACAUCUUGACCUUAGUGGAAACUUGUUGAGAGGUCAAAUCCCAAAGAAUUUCGGGGAAAACAUGACUAGCCUUAGGCACCUUAAUCUUGGCAAUAAUAGAUUAGAAGGCACCAUUCCUCGAGGUUUAGGGAAUAUGGCUCUCCUCACACAGCUUGACAUUAGUGAAAACUUGUUGGGAGGUCUCAUCCCAAAGAGUUUCGGGGAAAAUAUGACUGGCCUUACAUACCUUGAUCUCGGAUAUAAUAGGUUAGAAGGCACCAUUCCUGAAACGUUCGGAAAGAUGGUUCAUUUGACUUUACUUUCCCUGUACAUGAAUCGGUUGGAAGGUCACAUUCCAGAAGCUCUAGGGAAUAUGCCUGCCCUUAAAGAGCUUCAUCUUUGGUAUAACAAACUUGAAGGAGAAAUCCCUAAAUUCAUCUGGAACAUAUGCACUCUCAAACACUUGCGCAUGGAAUCCAACCGGCUUAAUGGAAGCCUUGUCAUAUCCACAUUAUGCCCAAAUCACCCUCUGAGGGAAUUAAAAUUAGAUAGCAACCGACUCACAGGCUCGUUUCCUAACAUUUCCAUGUUCCCCUCUAUGGUGGAAUUAUCUGUUGGAGGUAACCUCCUAGAUGGGGUCAUUUCUGAACAUCACUUUGCUACUCUCUCCAAACUGCGCACACUGAACUUAUCUUCAAGCAAUUUCACUUUCAAUCUCACAUCUGCCUGGCUUCCUCCAUUCCGAUUGGAAAUGAUAAACCUUAUGUCUUGCAACUUGGGCCCUGAGUUUCCAAAUUGGAUUAGAACUCAAGUCAAUUAUAAGUGGCUUGACAUUGUUAAAUAUCCCACACCAGAAAGAUUUGGAUGAACAAAGUGCUAUAUUAACACAUGAGCUACUCCUCCUAUCAGGUUGACCUUUUAGGAUGACACCCCGGGUCUUAACAUGGUAUCAGAGCCAAAUCGAUCCAUGGUGUAGGAGCCCCCUUAUGAAUCGUGAUGACACGAUUAUAAAAAAAAUGACAAUUACGGCCGGAUGAAAAAAAACGGACCGAUGAAAAAAAAUAUGAAUGAUGACCCGAUCCAGACGAAGUGGCUGGUCGUGAGGAGGAGUGUUAAAAUGUCCCACACCGGAUAUCUUUGGAAUGAUUAAACACUAUAUUAAGAUCCAGGCUACUCCUCCUAUCAGGUUGACCUUUUAGGAUGGAACCCCGAGUUUUAACAGACAUUUCCAAUAAUGCCAUCUCUGAUUCAAUUCCCUCCUGGUUUUGGAAUACAACUACUCAAUUUUUGAACAUUAAUGCUUCUAAUAACCAAAUCAAGGGAACAAUGGUAAGCGGCUUUCAAGUAUCAUCGGGGUUUCAAUUCAACGGUGGUGUGCUAGAUUUGAGUUUCAAUAAAUUAGAAGGUUCCAUUCCACCAUCUUUCUUCAAUGUGACAGCACUCUACCUCUCUCGUAAUCACUUCACUGAACUCGACUCCCUAUGUCACAUUAAGGCUGCUAGAGUAGCUGUUGCUUUGCAGCUUUUGGAUUUGUCAUUUAAUCAACUUUCAGGAACACUUCCAGAUUGUUGGACAGGUCUCUAUAGUCUGCGAGUUCUCAACUUGGCAAACAAUCACAAACUAUCAGGGAGUCUUCCAACUUCCAUUGGAUCAUUGGCAUCACUAAUGGCAUUGCAUCUUGACCAUAACAGUCUUACUGGCCCUCUAUCUUCGUCCAUCAAGAAUUGCUCCAAAUUGUUAUCCUUACAACUGGGAGACAAUAACUUCUUUGGUCCAAUACCAGAUUGGGCGGGUGAAAAGCUACCACAGCUUGCGAUACUUGUGCUAAGAUCCAACUACUUCAAUGCAAGUGUACCCACAAGUCUGUGCCAUCUCCAAUCUCUUCAACUGUUGGACUUGUCCACAAACAACCUCUCAGGGAGUCUUCCCAACUGUCUUUCUAAUCUUACUAAAAUGACUAUGAUAGGAGUUGGCAAUGCCACCAUUUCUUAUGAAAUAUCAGCGCACUGGGUUGGGCCAAAAUAUUCAGAAACUCUAAUCAUCAGCCAAGAUGAGAAAAUAGAUGUUGUAUGGAAAGGUAUGAUCUAUGAAUUUGGAAGUAUAUUAGGAUUCUUAAAGAGCAUUGAUAUUUCAUCCAACAUGUUGAAUGGUGAGAUUCCAACUGAAAUCACAUCACUUGUUGAGUUAGGUUCUUUGAACUUAUCACGAAACAACUUAAGGGGACAUAUUCCAUUUAGGAUUGGUAACUUGGCAAACUUAGAGGCUCUUGAUUUUUCUAAUAACCAUUUGUCGGGUAGCAUUCCUCAAACCCUUGUCCAUGUUCACCGAAUCAGUGUUCUAAAUCUGUCCAACAAUAACUUAUCAGGCAAAAUCCCGAAAGGCACUCAACUUCAGAGCUUUAAUGCAAGUGCAUAUAUGGGGAAUCCCGGGCUAUGUGGAGAUCCACUCCCCAACAGUUGUCAAGGAGAAGAAUUAACUCGUCCUUCUCGUCCUAGAUUCUGUGAAGAAGAAGAAGAAGAAGAAGAAGAAGAAGAAGGUGCUUGUAAUAAAGAAGACCUGAAUAAGUUUUUUGGCAGCGAGUUUUAUGCAAGCAUGGGGGUCGGAUAUGUGGUUGGAUUUUUUAGUGUUCUUGGGACAAUGCUAUUCAACAGGUCUUGCAGGUUUGCUUUUUUCAAAGUACUCAAUGAUUUUGCUAACUGGGCUUAUGUUGUGGCUGUAAUCUAUAAGGCAAAGCUUCUGACAAUACUUGGGGGUUAACAGGGGUGAUGAGGCAGAGUUUGGAAUUUGUGGAAGAAGAAAUUGAUCAGUGGAGUAUUAAAACAGUUCAUGAUCAAUGCAGCAGAUAUACUGUAUAGCCAAUUAUUCAGCCGACCCCUGUAAAAUACUGAGCUUUUACGAGUGUAAUGGUACAAGUUACGAGUGUCAAUUUCACUCUUGGAAAUCCGAAGACACUGCCGGAAUACAUAACAAAUUAUGCUUUAAAAUUUAUACAGAGUAGAAAAAUAAUUAUUAUCUUGAUAGCUAUUUUAU